AUGGGAUAUUCUGAAGAAACUGCUAGCUUCCGUUUUCAUCACACGAUGAUUCGUGUUAAAGACCCCAAGGUUUCCCUGGACUUUUACGAGAAUGUCCUCGGCAUGGAGCUGAUUGAUAAAAUGGAAGGCUCCGACUUUACACUGUAUUUCCUUGCUUAUCAGCAUCAGAAGAACGAGCCUCUCGGAAAGCGCGAAGCUGUUCUCGAGCUUACACACAAUCAUGGCACUGAGAAUGACCCCAACUUGUCUUACCACAACGGUAACUCUGAGCCUCGUGGCUUUGGUCACCUUGCUAUUUCUGUGGACAAUAUUGAGGCAGCAUGCGAGCGUUUCGAAAGGCUCGGUGUCAAGUGGCAAAAGCGUUUGACAGAUGGCAGGAUGAAGACAAUUGCUUUCAUUCUUGAUCCAGACAACUACUGGAUUGAAGUUGUGCCAAGCACGCUUUCAUUCUCCAAGUAA